AGAACAUGUUUUUCAGCUUUCAGACUGCAUUUUCCAGAUUUCAGCAAUAGUUUCCAGAUUUCCCAGACUUUCCAGAUUAGUUCAUAGCCUUAGCCUAGGUUUGUUCAUCUUUGUUCAUAUUUCCUUCCGCAAAUUCCAGUUUAGAUUUAUUUUUAAAUAUUUGGAAGCAAUUUAGCCUUCAAAACAGGUCUGCCCUUUUGAUCCGGUUAGUUCUUCUUCCUUUUAUGGAUUUAGUUAUUUUAUUUGUUCAUGUAAAUAGGAUGAACAUUUUCUACCUUUGUUCUUUUGUUUCUACAUAAUAUCCAGACAUGCAAAGCGUCUAGAACCAUGCCACCGAGAAAGAGCAGAGACAAAGAGGUUCAGCCAGCCCAAGCUGACCAUGCAGACGACCGUCCACUCCACUCUGAGGGCGAAAAUGAUCCCAUCACUUUUCUCCCAGUGUCACCUCUAGCAGAACGGUCCUAUGGGAAUCCAGUGUUUAAGGAGAAAGAAGCAGACCGUGGAGGUGACUUUGCUGAAUCAAGUAAUAUGUUUAGAGGUAUGGCUGAACGUCUGGAUUUAGCAUUCAAAGAACAGAACCAGGCUAUGCAGAGACUUGUUGACAGUCAAACAGAAUCUUCCAGACAACAAGUGGUUGAGCAAGUGCGACAGCCCAGACCUGAGAUUCCUCCUCCAAUCGUUGAAAUGCCCAGACAGAUUCAGGAAGCCCCAAUCCCAGCACUCGGGGGGCAAGGGAAUCAGCCUCAUCCUAACAUUCAACAACAGAAUUUCUUCAUGGGUGAAGGACAAAGACAUCAUGAACCAAUGGAGGCUGCUGCUUUUGUUGCAGACCAUGGCCAUCAACCUCAGCAUAGGUAUGUUCCGCCAGGUAGGAGGGGAAAUGUGGGUCCUCAUCAUCAACCCUACCCAAGGGAUUUUUUCCAGUCGCAAGUUCCUCCAGCCCAGCCAGUACAGCGCGGUCUACAGAAUCACCCAGCUCAAUUAUUCAAUAGAGAUCAGCUAAUAGAUUUGGUACAAGAAACCUAUAGACCAGCCUUGAGACCAUUGGUGCGUCCAGCCUACAGGAAGCCUUAUCCAGACAUCAUUGAUCAUGAAAAUCCUUUUCCAUGGGGUUUUAAAGUGCCUGAGUUCACUUUAUUUUCUGGUGAGGUUGGUCAGUCCACUAUUGAACAUAUUGGACGCUUCACAAUACAAUGUGGAGAGGCGUCUGGAGAUGAUAACUUGAAACUCAGACUGUUCCUUAGCUCUUUGACUGGAACAACCCUUACUUGGUACCUCAGUCUGCCUCAAAAUUCAGUAUACUCUUGGAGGCAAAUGGAGGACUUGUUUCAUACUCAAUUUUAUCAUUGUGAACCAGAAGUGUCUAUGGCAGACUUGUCGAGGUUAGCCCAAAAGCCUAGAGAGUCGUCUGAGGCAUUCCUUGCGAGAUUCUGGAGAGCCAGACUGAAAUUGGCUCGGUAUGAAAAUCUGCUGAAAGAAGAUGUUCAAAAGAAAGCUGCAUCACAUGGAACCUAUUACAGUGACCCUAAUUUUGAUCUUGAUGUGGCUGAGGUUGUUACAGACAAGCCUGUUGUUUGUCCAGACCCUGUCAGACCAACUCACCAGCCUGAGACGUCUGUGAGACGUUAUGUUGGUGAGGCUGGAAAACAGUAUACUUUUGAUGUGUCAAAAGCUAGUGAUAUAUUUGACCACCUUAAAAAGAGUGGUCUGAUUAAGCUGCCGUCGGGACAUAAAAUCCCGACAGCGGCUGAAAUCGGAGCUAGAGAUUAUUGCAAAUUUCAUAAUUCAUGGAAGCAUUCUACUGAUAAUUGUCUUAUUUUUCGUAAUAUCUUGCAAGAAAAGAUUGAUAAGGGCGAGGAGGCAGACCAGGGUGAUGAAAUAACUUUGGAGGAGCUGGAUCUUGCCCCAGCCAAGUUGGAUGAUUUAAAAGCUGAAGUUCAAGACCCACUGGAGGAGAUCAAUUUAAGGUCUAAAAAAAUGCUAGGUAUGGAUCGGAGACUGGUGGAACAUAAACUGCCAAUUGCAGAAGGAUUCAGACCGUAUAAACAGCCGCCCAGACGCAUGUCUGCAGAAGUCACUUUGAAGGUGAAAGAAGAAAUUGAGCGGUUGGUAAAAGCUGGGUUCAUUCGGGCAUGCAAGUAUGCAAACUGGUUGUCAAAUGUAGUGCUUGUGCUGAAAAAGAAUGGAAAAUUAAGAGUCUGUGUUGAUUUUCGAAACUUGAAUUUAGCUACACCAAAGGAUGAGUAUCCUAUGCCAAUUGCAGACUUGUGGGUAGAUGGAGUAGCCCGUCACAAAAUUCUAUCUUUCAUGGAUAGCCAUAGUGGGUACAACCAAAUUUUUAUUGCAGACGCAGACGUUCCUAAGACAACCUUUCGAUGCCCAGGUGCUGUUGGAACUUUUGAAUGGGUUGUGAUGACAUUUGGUCUGAAGAAUGUUGGAGCUACUUACCAAAGAGCCAUGAAUGCAAUUUUUCAUGAUAUGAUUGGUAAAUUCAUGGAAAUCUAUAUUGAUGACGUUGUGGUGAAGUCACAUGGCGAAGCAGACCACCUGGUCCAUUUGAGGAAGGCUUUUGAGCGGAUGAGGCAACAUGGCUUGAAAAUGAACCCACUAAAGUGUGCCUUUGGAGUGUCUGCGGGUAACUUCCUUGGGUACUUGGUGCAUGAGCGUGGUCUGGAGGUUGACAAGAACAAAGCCAGGGCUGUGAUUGAGGCAAAACCACCACAGAACAAGAAGGAGUUGCAAAGAUUUCUUGGCCAACUUAAAGAAUCCAUGGUUGAGGUUAUAGGGGACUCACAACUAGUCUUGAAGCAAUUGUCUGGUGAGUACAAAUGUACUAGUCUUGCUUUAGCCCCUUAUUUUGCCUUGGCUGUGCAAUUGCUGGAAGAAUUUGAUGACGUGUCCAUCAGACAUGUGCCCAGAGACCAAAACUAUGAAGCUAAUGAAAUGGCCCAGAUUGCUUCAGGUCUGCGAAUUCCUGAAGGUGUAAUGCAGAAAGGUGUAAUGCAGAAAGUUGUAAUAGUUGAAAAACGCAGUCUGCCAUCAAUUCAUCAAUGUGGCAUGACUGUCUCCACUUACAGCAUUGAUGUUACCCAGACGGACUGGCGCUUUCCAAUUAUUCAGUACCUUAAGGAUCAAAGCAUUAAGAUGUUGUCUGAUGUCCAUGAUGGGAUUUGUGGUGCACACCAGGCUGGGAUCAAGAUGUGCUGGUUGAUUCGCAGACAUGGUUUCUUUUGGCCGUCUGUCUUGAAAGACUAUAUUGCUUAUGCUAAGGGCUGCAAAUCUUGCUGGGCUAUUGACUUGAUUGGUAAGGUGUAUCCCCCUUCAUCAAAAGGUCAUUCAUUUAUUAAAGUGGCAACAGAUUAUUUUACCAAAUGGGUGGAGGCUAAACCAAUGAAGAAGGUAGACCAAUCUGAUGUGAUUAAGUUCAUCAAAGAGGACAUUAUUCACAGAUUUGGUCUGCUAGAAACAAUUACAACAGACCAAGGCACAGUUUUUGUCAGCCAUCAAGUGGAGGCAUUUGCAAAGGAAAUGGGUUUCCGUCUGUUAAAUUCUACCCCUCAUUAUGCACAAGCUAAUGGGCAAGCGGAGGCUUCUAAUAAGGUGGUGAUUAAUUUUCUUGAAAAAAUGGUGGAUGACAACCCCAGACGCUGGCAUGAACUGUUGUCUGAAACACUGUGGGCUUAUAGAACUUCACAAAGGAGUUCAACCAAAAUGACACCUUUUGCCUUGACAUAUGGCCAUGAUGCAGUCUUGCCAAUGGAGUUAACAGCCAAGUCUUUAAGAAUAGCAAUUCAGCAUAAUCUCCAGUCUGGAGAGUACGAUGAGGCCAUGAUGCUUGAGUUUGAGGACCUUGAAGACACACGUUUGACAGCUUUGGAUAGAUUGCAAGCUCAAAAACUCAAAAUUGCAAAGUCUUACAACAAGAGGGUAAAAGGUAAAAAUCUGGUAGUUGGUGACUUGGUCUGGAAAGCAAUUUUACCUCUUAGCAAGAAAGAUCACAGAUUUGGGAAAUGGUCCCCAAAUUGGGAAGGACCAUUUCGAAUUCAUGAAGUGUUGAGAGGGGGUGCUUAUUGGUUGGAGUCACUUGAUGGAGAGCUUCAUCCUAGAAAAAUAAAUGGAAUUUAUCUCAAGCCUUAUUACCCCACAGUCUGGGAGGCAAAAGACUUAAAGUCCCAAGAAGCUGUCUGAGCCAGGUUCAUACUUCUGUAUGUGCGUAAAUAAGUUGAUUUGCUUUCA